AUGCUGGAUCAUGAUGACUUCCAGCAUCUGACCUCUUUCAAAUGGGAAUCUUUGCUUCGCCUAGCGAACGUAGCCGGUAUAACUAGCGUUGUCGCCAUGCUUAAGGACACACCUGAGCGGCUACAGCGUGUAGCCAUCCAGGACUUUGUCAACCGCGAGCACGCCGAUUUGCGUCGGCGAGCCUCAACUCCCGCGGUUGCCACAGGGUCUGACGUCGUCAAACUCGACGUCUCGUGCUAUAUCGUCGAGGGCCCGAAGCGCCUUGCGCUUAAUCGAUGGCUUGUGAAGUAG